GUCGUACGAUGUUCUCGCGUGUUCUGGUCACGAUGGCUUGUUUUCAGCACUUCCCAGCUCAGCCGUCCACAGCAGCUUGAUGUUUCAGUCGUUGGUCGAGGAAGAAAGGUGUGCGUGUUGAAAAUGAACUGCGCAGUUCUUCCACGGGCUUUCACACCGACCAAUUUGAAAACGUCCUCUUCCUAACGAUGCCUGACGCAGACGUUGCAGCAGCGAGGAGCGGUUUUGCUCGGGGACAGCGGUGCCAUGCAUCGUGGUGGUUUUGCAUUUUUACGCAGCUAUCCAGCCUCUUCCUCCUCUAAUCAAACGGCGUCACAUGCAGCCAAAAAGCACUUCAACGCUUCAGAUAAAAUGUCUUUGGGCGAAUGCCGCAGCGUACAGGAUUUGGAGCAGCGCUGGAGGCCAGCAUGCCGGGAUCGGAGGACGUUUUUAUAACAUUUGCAAAUCGUAUUUCUUAAAUUUUGGUACUUAACAUCAAUAUAAAGACUCGGCCAUGGGUGAUGAGAGCAGCCUGUCUCGGCAGGUAGAGAGUGUGGAGAGGAGCAUGGUGUUCCUCAGGCAGGAGCACCUCACUUUGCUCCAUGGUCUCCACCUGGAGAUCCUCUCCCUGCAGAAACGAUGCACAGAGUUGACAAGUGAGCUGAAGGUAAAGCCUCCAGGCAGAAACCAAAUAGAGUUACAGGAAGAGGAGGAGCUCCUGGAGGCUCACUGUCGGGAUGUGGAGAACCGCCUGGCAGACCAGGAGUGCACCUUAGGAGAGCUUCGUAUGGAGCUGAGUCACAAAGGGGCUUUGGUGGGAGCCCUCAGAGCCAAUCUCAAAGAAAAGGAGCGACAUUUCCUGGAGGAGCUCAAACGCCGCAGCCACUGUUCAACCAUCCUCAACACGGAGCUGCAGAAACAAACAGAGGCAGCAGCAUACCUCUCCUUCCAGCUGCAUGCUGCCAGGCAGAAACUGCACCACCAGCGAAUGCAGCAGAGGCAGGGACUCCUUGCUAGAGCCAACAGUCAGGGGGCCCCAUAUGGUGCCGAGCAGAACUCAGUUUCUCCACAGAUGCCAUCAGGAGCCUCCCCUUCCUCUCCUGUGGUUAAACCCAAGCGUAAGAGCGCUAGGUCAUCUUCGAGAGUGGAGCGUGCCCGGGAGUGUGUGCCCAUAGAGAGAGUGAUGGGCCCUGCAGAGCCCACAGCCAUGCCUGACCCUGCACUCUUCCUCCAUCCUCGAAGGCACAGAGCUCGCUCCAGGCACUCUUUGGCACAAAGACAGCCUCCACUGGGCCUGGAGAAGGAGGAUGAGGAGGAAGGAGGUGGGGAGGGGCCGAUGGAGCCUCAGGAUGAAGCCGCCAGAAUGGUGUCUUCAGCUGCAGUGCCCCCUGCUGCUGAGACGAAGGCAGAUUAGCAACUACUGUGACCUUUGCUUCUGACUACAGUGUGAUCGCUGUAUGAUUAUCUUCUGUUUGACUGUUAAUGCUAUUAACUAUUCUUGUUCUGCACCUUGACUGAAUUGGUACUGAGACUGGUUUUAGCUAUUGAAUUAUAUUAAACUUACCAUAGAAACUUUUUAAACUAGACUUUGAUAUAACCUUAAACAACCUGCAAAGCAAAACUCAGUGUCACCUUAAGUCAGUCUUACAUUAAAUUAGAAUCUGUUUACAGUGGUGUCACAUGCUCUAUAUACUGUGUGGGGCCUUAUUUCAAAGCACCCCCUUUUAAAUUUACAGUGAGGGUACAUUUGACUAUGGUAGCAGCCAUUUUAGGUGGACUACUCCAAUGCCCAACUAUGUGGCCCAACAAAAAUGUGACCUUUUAAGGCCAAACAUAAAUCACAAGUGGCCAAAUGUUUGUGUGGCCAGGUGAAACUAUAUGUGUGGUGGGCACCUCUUGUGUGAGUCCUCCAUGUAAAAAAAAAAAAAAUUGAUUGAAAGGAGGUAUGUUUCUCUCACUUUGAAAGAACAGACAACAGAUUAGAAAUAGUAAUUUAGUAAUUUUAAUUUCGGUUUAACAUUUUAACCCUGGACCACUAAACACCACCCUGUUAUCUUAUAGAUCCAUUGUAAUGAUACAAUUUAUAGCUUAUCCACAGAAAAUACUUUCUGAUUGGCCCCAAGCUCCAACAACUGAAGACAACUGCUAUGGGAAACCAUUUUUCAAGCGGAAAACCAGCAGGUCGGCAGCUGAGACACAGUUUUAAAACACAGUGCAAACUAUUAACUGUAGGUAUCUGUAGCAACAAUAGACCUUUUACAUAGAAGACAUUUUGACCAGCAGGAGACACACAGGUGUUAGUCAUGCCGGAAACGAUGGACUCUGAACCUGCUCACCUGAAUAGAAUUAUGUUAUUAUUGAUGUUAUUAGUAUCAACUGUGCUUUCCAAGUCAAGUCAAAAUGUCUGAUGUGCAAAACGUCUAUAGCCUAACCAUAGUUUCAACUGACAAGAAUCAAACGUUAAAAGUGGAUCAUGAUUUGACCAGAGCCGACCUUUAUUUCUUUAGUAAGCAUCAAGUAAGCAUCCAUGUAAUGUCUCUGCGCCACUUCAAUUCCAUUGACCUCUUCUUACCUACAUUCUUCUUGUUAUUAUUACUGUUAUUGUUAUUACUUAUUUCAGACCCCAGGCACAUUGUAAAAUUAGAACAUUUUUAAACCUCCAAAACAGUAAAUUCACACCAUCAUACAUAUCGAACAGAAUACACUCGCACAGAACGUCAUUCUCACUUUCACAACAUGUUUUUGUAAUUAUCUUUCAAUUUCAUUACAACUAAUAAGUAAUUAAUAGAUGAGUUGUUUACUAUUUCUUCAAGAUAAAAACUAAAGGUCAGUCAGCAGUAGUGUUGGCCGCAUGCAAACUUUGCAUCCGGGGCUAAACAACACAAUAUUUAGCCUGGAUGUUUUACUAAGACAUAUAUCGAGGCAUAAGUGAUAUGCAGCUAUUCCUCUGUAGUGGCUUCUUGGUAUAAAUGGGCCACAUUCAGGUGAUAAUCAGUUCUGACUCAUUGGACCAUGUGCUUUACUCAGGUGUGGAUUGUGUACUAAACACACACACACACACACACACACACACACACACACACACACAGAGAGCGAGACGACUACUGCUUUAACUCAUUUGUGUUUGAGGUGGUUGUGUUGUAGGGGUUUCUUUUCACCUCAGGAAAAAUGGACAAACGAGCAUGACUGUAGAUUUUGGUGUGUGUGUUUUCAGCAGAAGCAGUAUCUGAUUGAUGGUCUACUUACAAUGUGUUCCUUUUCUGUUUUACACAAAUUCCCAAAGUAGCUAUGUCAAAAUGCACACCUAGACAGUUUACUGUAAAUUGGGAGAAGGCAGAAUCACUAGAAGGACGUUUGUAUGUGUGUGUCCUCUAUCCUGUGUUAUCAAAACAUAUGCGCAUGGUGGCCCCUAGUGUAACAAUGAGCAAAUAGCAUAUGGGGUGGUGGUGAAAUUACACUUUCAGUGGCUAUAUUUUAAUGUAGGACAUACUUUUUAUGUUAUUGCUUACAUGUAUCAGAGCAGAUUAUGAAUUCAGUGUUGUCUGAUCGAUACCCCACUGUAAUUCCUGCCUUAUAAAGGAGGAGUAAUGGACUUGCAGGACUCAAAGUGAGGAAACUGAAGACAUUUCUUUACUUUAGUACUGUAUCUUUUUAUUUCAACAACACUUUUAUAAGAUGCUGUGGGGUUUGCAUAUAAAGGUUUAUUGUAUGUAAUGUUGCACUUCAGUUAUUUUUGAUUCAAAAAUAUUUUGUCGGAGUCAGUCGAUACUUGAGCCAUGACUUAUCUGAACAUCAGUAAGUGCAGUCAGUAUCUAUGACAGGAGCCUUCCUGUAAGGCUGAAUUUAAUUGUGAUAAAUUGCUGCAAGGCUUUCUCACCUUCUACAACUACUGGUUAGAAGUUUAGGAUCAUGUUUUAGGAGUAAAUGUUCAAUAAAGCAAUAUAUCAAUAUAUUUAUAUAUUAUUAGUAGAUCACGUUAACUGGUUUAAGUACACUUGAGGUGUUGAAAUAGAUUUUAUGAUUGUUUAACUUUGUAUUUUGUAAUUGUCAAGCUCAGUAUGUUUUGCUUAAUAUUUUUCUGAACUGUCUAACAUAUUUGAUUUUGAAAAGUUCUGUUGAUUGCCACUGAAUCUUGACAUGAUUAAAUGUUAUGUUACAGUUUAUAGGAGGCAUAUCCAUGUAGGGGAAUCAAGGAUAUGCUGUAUGUGAAGCAGCAUUAAGCAAAUGGGCAUAUUAUUAUGCCACAUGAGACUGUCUGGAUGAAUAACUUGUCUUCUUUUGAGCAAAAAUGCAAAUGUGACAAGGGUUUUCAUUCACCUCUCAACUGGUAAGCCAUUAGCAUAACUGUGUGCACUACUCUUCCUCAAGUUUUAUGAAACAGUAGGGGACAAAAGUACAAAGCUUUCUUGUUUAAAACAGUUUCUUUUUUUCAUUUUUUUCCCCCCAGGAGGAAUCCUGAACUUAGACUGUUAGACUUCAUGGUUUCAUCAAUCCACUUGUCUUGUAAAUGAAACGGCAGGUAGACUAAUCUCUCCAUCCAUCUUUCAUAAUCAGUUUAUGAAAGGUGCAUAACACGUCAUACCAUUGUUUCACAUUUUAGAUGAUCUAUACUUUAAAAAAAAAUGCUGUACGCAUCUUUGCUACAGUUUAUACAACUCAUAGACUGAUGACUGGUUUGUCUGCUUUGGGGGAAAACGCUAAUGAGGCAAAGAGGCCCACCACUAAAAUUAACAUGAAGAUGAACGGUGUGAUGCCUUAAUGAAGAUGUCUUUUCAUGAAUAUUUCAGCUAAAGGGAGUAAAUCCUCACUGCCUGAUUUGCUUUUUCUACUUUUCAAAGCACAUCUAACAUCAGUCAAACAUAGCAAGAAAGUAGAUCAUUUACUCACAGCCACAGAGAAUGUCUUCCAUCUCUCUAAAUGCUUAUAUGAUAACCCAAAUCCUCAUAAUAGUAACGCUAACAAAUGUCAGCAGCAUCAUCUCUGUCAUUUCCUCUUAUUCAGGUCUUGUCCUGGUUGAGGUCAAAUAACUUUAUUUUGCAUCUUACAGAAACAUUGAAGUGGACUGUGUGAGGCACCACAAGACAUCUUGUUUGACAUGUUAUUUGGGCUCUAGCAAUAAUGCUGUGUGGUACCCAACAUGAAAAGCAGAGAGGUGUUGCUCUGGGUCUUUGUAUGGUUUUGGCCCUUGAGUGGCCAUAAGCUAUUGACUGAUUACCGCAUAUACUGUGUUCGCUUCCUUUAGUGAUCUACUAUACACAGACCUGGAAUAAAAUGAA